AUGCUGCUGUUGGAUAACAACCGGUUUCAGCGCACGUUUAAAAACUUGGGCUGUGCGGGAACAGGGACGUUCGGGAAGGUUUACAAAGCAAGGCACCGGUUUGAGCCUGGCGACUUGUUUUACGCGAUCAAAGUUAUCCGGACGAAUCUUGACGGCUUGGCGGACAUUCACGAGAUAGGGCUGGUGCAUCGUGACAUCAAGCCGGAAAACUUGCUCUUCGAUAACGACGUGCUAAAGAUCGUCGACUUCGGACUGAGCAACUGA